AUGGCUGCUGAAAGACCACUAGCGAGAGCUUCAAGUGCAAAAGACUGGUGUUGGACCAUCAACAAUUAUACUAGAGAGGACUGUGAGUUACUAGAGACUGUUGAUGUGCAAUAUAUUUGUUACGGAAGAGAAGUUGGCGCCAGCGGGACGCCGCAUCUCCAGGGCUUCAUGCAAAUAAAAAAACGCAUGCGAAUGACAGCUAUAAAGAAGAUAGCACCCUUCCAGAAAGCUCAUCUGGAGAAGAGGAGAGGCACGGCUCAAGAAGCGAAGGACUACACCUCCAAAGACGACGAAACAACAUGGGUGGAACGUGGAUUUAUGUCGGAGCAAGGGGUAGGCCAACUUAAAACUUUGACUGAUAUGGCACUUAAGGGACAUGAUGCUGAGGACUUGUAUGAACAAGAUGGCGGCUGUUUUGUAGCCCAUAAGCGUAAGAUAGAUGAAGCCGUAGGUGCUAUUAAGCAAUGCCAAGAAAAGAAACGUCUCAAGACUGCCAUGAGUGAGGGGAACGUGGAGCUCAAGACAUGGCAAGACUGGUGCACACACCACCUUGAUUGCCAGAACGACCGCAGGGUGCUGUGGAUCGAGGACAAAGGCAGACUGUAUUCCUCCGAUGCAGCGGAUCAUGAAAUUCCUGUCCCAAUGAGGCAACGAGGGUGUGCUCGUGGUGGAGGCCGUGCUCGUGGAGGCCUUGGUCGCCGAUGA